AUGCAUUCAGUUCUACUGUCUUUUCUAAACGCUCUCCCCUUCCUCCUCUCCAUCCUCACAACCCUCCCCAUCCUUACGACCCCCGCCCAAGCAGCAUUCACAGCCCCCAUCAGCCGCAACGGCGACUACAUCGAGCCCAACGCCGAGGGCACAUUCUGCUACUACCCCAAAGCCCUCGAUCCCACCUCCAUCGACAUCGCCUGCCUCGGCGACCCCAAAGGCGAUUUCGCCCGCGUCAUGGAAGUGCACCUCAACGAAACCACCACGAUCAACUACUUCUCCGCCUCCCUCGAGCGUCUCGGAGGCCCGGAGUGGCCCGUCGCCCUCGGCGAAGGCCGCAAGAUCUACCUCUGCGUCUCGGGUCGGGCGGGGGACUACACCUACCAAACCAUGUGCACGACCGUCGGCCGCGACAAUUCGUUGGGCAAUGGCGGUCCAUCGCCGUAUUGCAAGAGGGAGGUGGGCCAGAGGCGGGUAACGGAUGGGUGUUAUAUCCCGAACCAGCCUGUGCCCAGUUUUGUGGCUGCGACGAGUACGAGGAGGCCGGCGAUUGUUACUGUUACGAGGGAGGUUGAGGGAGAGGAUGGGAGGACUAGUUUGGUUACUAGUUUGAGUCGGAGUGGGGCCUUGCCUGGGGCGUCGCAGAGUUCGCAGACUGUGGAGGACGGUGGGAGUGCGAUAACCUCUCAUCUCAACAAACUCGCCAUACUCAUCUCCAAACUCUCCGAACGACACACUUCGACGUAUGUCCCCGACAAUACCCUCUAA